GCAGCGCAGAGGGGUUGGGGGGGGCCCGGCCGCCCCUGCCCUGCAGCCGCCCCAGCGCUCCCUUUGUUGGUGCUUCCCAUUUCCUCCCCAUCUUUUCCUUUCUCUCCGGCAGUUUUGGUUUAAUUCCGGCUGCUGGAGGGCUCGGGUGGGUUUUCCCCCCCCUUUUUUUCCCCCCUCCAUCCUCCAUCACAUUUUAACUCAGCCUCGACCCGCCGCUGCUUGGGCCCGGGGGGUGCGAUUCCCUCCUUGGAGAGAAAUCCGUAAGUCUGCCCCAAGUUUUGCAAUUCCUGGGAGAAGCAGCCGCCGCCGUCCCCGACAACCUGCAGCCAGCCCGGCCGUCGCUCCCGCAGCGCCCUGGGAAAAUCCAGCGCCGCGUCCAAAACCCUAACCCAGACUGCAAGGUGAGGGAGAGGAGGACGAGGCACGGCUUCGGAUGGAGCUGGAGAAUAUUCCCGAGAAAGCCCCGCAGGUCCUGCUAGCGAGUCAUGAUGGUUGAAUCAGCCUCGGAGACGAUCCGCUCCACGCCCUCGGCGCAGAACGGGGUGAGCAGCCUGAGCAAUCAGCCCGAUGGCGGCGGCGGCAGCGGGGGCGGCCCCGGGGGCGGCGGCCGCGACGGAGCCGCCGGAGCCGAGGCCAACGGAGAGAUGAGCCCCGUGGAGCUCCUGCACUUCCAGCAGCAGCAGGCUCUGCAGGUGGCUCGGCAGUUCCUGCUGCAGCAGGCCACGGGGCUCAGCUCCCCCAGCAGCAACGAGGGCAAGCAGCCGGCGGUGCAGGUCCCCGUGUCCGUGGCCAUGAUGUCCCCGCAGAUGAUCACGCCGCAGCAGAUGCAGCAGAUCCUGUCCCCACCCCAGCUCCAGGCCCUCCUGCAGCAGCAGCAGGCAAUAAUGCUGCAACAGCUGCAGGAAUACUACAAGAAGCAGCAGGAGCAGCUUCACCUGCAGCUGUUGACCCAGCAGCAAGCCGGAAAGCAGCAACCCAAAGAGCAGCCGUUGGGGAACAAGCAGCUGGCCUUCCAGCAGCAGCUCCUGCAGAUGCAGCAGCUCCAGCAGCAGCACCUGUUAAACCUGCAGCGCCAGGGCCUGGUGAGCCUCCCGCCGGGGCAGGGCACGGUGCCCCUGCAGACCCUGCCCCAAGCUGUUUGUCCCUCAGACCUCCAGCAGCUCUGGAAGGAGGUCACGGCCACGCAGCCCGUGGAGGACAGCAUUAAGCAGGAAGGUCUUGACCUCACCACCAACACCUCCAACUCUACCUCGUUUUCGGCCGCCAAGGUCUCGCCUCCCAUUUCCCAUCACCCUCUGCCCAAUGGACAGAGCACCAUGCACACGCCGAGAAGGGACAGCUCUUCCCACGAAGAGACCCCCGGCUCCCACCCGCUCUACGGCCACGGAGAGUGCAAGUGGCCUGGCUGCGAAACCCUCUGUGAGGACUUGGGGCAGUUUGUCAAACACCUCAACACAGAACAUGCACUUGAUGACCGAAGCACGGCCCAGUGUCGAGUCCAGAUGCAAGUGGUACAGCAGCUGGAGAUACAGCUGGCCAAGGAGAGCGAGCGUCUCCAAGCCAUGAUGGCUCACCUUCACAUGAGACCUUCAGAGCCCAAGCCUUUCAGCCAGCCUGUAAGCCUGAACCUGGUCUCCAGUGCCACCCUCUCCAAGAGCACUUCUGACACGUUUCCUGACGGUUUACCUCAUCCCCCCACGUCGGCCACGGCGCCCAUCACCCCCCUGCGGCAGGGCCCCUCCGUCAUCAGCUCUUCCACUUUACACAGCGUGGGGCCCAUCCGCAGGAGGAACUCGGAGAAGUUCUGCACCCCAAUCUCUUCAGAGCUUGCACAGAAUCACGAGUUUUACAAAAACGCCGACGUCCGGCCGCCCUUCACGUACGCCUCGCUCAUCCGGCAGGCCAUCCUGGAGACCCCCGACAGGCAGCUAACGUUGAAUGAAAUCUAUAACUGGUUCACGCGGAUGUUCGCCUACUUCCGGAGGAACACAGCCACCUGGAAGAACGCCGUCCGCCACAACCUGAGCCUGCACAAGUGCUUCGUGCGCGUGGAGAACGUCAAGGGCGCCGUGUGGACCGUGGACGAGCACGAGUACCAAAAGAGAAGGCCACCAAAGAUGACAGGGAGUCCCACCUUAGUCAAAAAUAUGAUUUCAGGACUCGGUUAUGGAGCACUUAAUGCAAGUUACCAGGCUGCGCUGGCAGAGAGCAGCUUCCCCCUGCUCAACAGCCCCACCAUGAUCAACACCAGCUCGGCCAGUGCCAUGCUGCACGUGGGCCACGACGACGUCAGCAGCACCGUGGAGCAGGUCAACAGCAACGGCAGCAACAGCCCCCGCCUGUCCCCACAGCAGUACAGCCACCCCGUGCACGUGAAGGAGGAGCCAGCUGAGGCAGAGGACGACAGCAGACCCGUGUCACUGAUGGCCAGCACCAACCAGAAUGUGACGAUCCAGGACGACAGGGACCUGGAGGAGGAGCUGCCGGUGGAAGACUUGUCCUAAGGACUCCUUCCUCCUCCCCCACCGAGGGGAAAACCCUUCCCACCCUCCUGGACGGAGACCAAGCCACGCUCCCACCUCCCCAAGGUGACCUUGGCGUUAUCCUGGUUCUUUCAAGGCACUUCCACAAAGCAAAAAGGUUUUCCUUGGGACGACAAUGACAAUGACAACGACACCAACCCGUUGCUGCUGGCGUGUCCCUCACGCUGCCACUGCCCGGGCACGGACUGGCCCCGCCACCUCAGCAGAAGCAAAACCCCAAGAGCUGGACUUUUCCUGCCCUCCUCCCUCGGUUAGUGACUGGUGGACGAGGAUGGCAGGUUGGUUGUUCCUGUCCUCCCUGCAGGGAAGGCACCUCUGUCCCCUGUCCCCCCGCGGUGCCCGGGCCCCGGGGAGCGGUGGCAGCACCCCGCUGUCACCUCUGCGUGCCCCGCUGGGUUCUGCACUAUGGAGGGGUCGUGGGGCCUGCCCACGUGCUGCCUCCACCCAGCUUUGGGGGGAGAAAGAGCAGAAAUGGGGCUGAGCCCUCUGCUGGAUGUGGGGGUUGGCACGGAGCUGGGAUGGACACGGAGCGGCGCGGUGGUGGGACCGUGUCCCCUUGUCACCUCUGCCUGGCAAGCAGAGUGGCCUCCCGGCUUGCCCACCCUCCCUGAGCCCCAGCUGGUGGGGGGCUGCUGGCCCCAGCAGUGCUGACCAUCCCCAGCAGUGCUGACCAUCAGUUCUGACCAUCAGUGCUGACCACUAGUGCUGACCAUCCCAGCAGUUCUGACCAUCCACAGCAGUGCUGACCACCAGUACUGACCAUCCCCAUCAGUACUGACCACCAGUACUGACCAUCCCAGCAGUUCUGACCAUCCCAGCAGUUCUGACCAUCCCCAGCAGUGCUGACCACCAGUACUGACCAUCCCAGCAGUGCUGACCAUCCCCAGCAGUGCUGGCAGCAAGGACACAGCUCCCUCCUUCCUGCUGGACAUCGGUGCCACCUCCCAGCCAGCAGGGAUGGCCACUGCUCCCCUUUCACUUCAGGGAAAGGCUUCCUGUGCCUCCCAUUGCACCCCCAAAGCUGGGCCAGGGGCGUGGUGGAGCCAAGGGGUGACAUCCCCACGGCUGAGCACCUGCAGGGGACCUGGGGGUCACCAAAGCUGGCCCUGGAGGAUCCCUGUGGUGGCCAAAUCUGGCUGUGGCCCCCGAGCCGAGCCUGCUGCUGCUGCUGGUGGGGGAGGAAAUUGUGCUUUUCAUCUUUUCUUUUCUUCAUCCUUUUGUUUGCGUCCAGAUGGGAAGAUACCAAAAGAUUUCUUAGAGACAGAAGGUCCGUAGUUCAGGUGAACAGAUGGUAUUCAUGCCAAAAAACAACAACAAAACACACACACAAAAAAAUUAAUAAUAACGAGAACAACACAA